GCCAUUUACUUGAUGAAGCAUGGGUGGACCUUUGUAACGUAGCGACUCCAGCAGAUCCAGACCAUGAACUUCGUACAGGAAGCCUCCAAGACCUCAAAAGGCUCUGAAAGAGACAAGCUUAAUGAGGAAGGACGUAUGCGCCCCCAAAAGGAAUGUUGUUGGGAAGGGGACGCUUUGGCCCGCACCAAGGGCUCCUUAACAGUUGACGAUGAGACCUCCGCCAGUUCACUUCCGUUUGCCCAGCUUGCGCCCUGACGGCGUGGCAUUUGCCCAGCUGCACCCCGUUGCCACAUCCCUGGCAUCUCGCAGGGCCCUUGGAGGCAUCUCCCAGCACCCGCAGCGUGGCCACCGCGCCGGUGUUGUUGCCCGGGACGGUGAGUUUCAUGGCGGCGGACCCUGCCCUGAGGUGGGUGGCGUCCAGCUUCAUUUCCAGCGGCAAGUCGGUCGGAUGCAUUGUAUCCCGCUUGGGCGCCGGGAAGCGGCCUUCGUGACCGGCGACGCAUUGUACAGCGCGGAAAAUGGUGUUUGGAAUGUCCACUCAACGGCUCAUGGCAAAACUGCCUCACUGCUCACGGGCUAUAGCAGCGACAGCAGCGAUGGCGAUGGAUCGGCGGAGUGCGUGGUGGCCGUCGCGCCCCAUGUGGCACCGGCACUGGAGGCCUUUCGCCGGUUAGACCCGGAGGCAGAGGUGCAUGGGAGUCAUGCGCUGGGCUUGUGGGAUGAGCGCUCGGAUCUGGAUCUGCUCACCACCAAACCGCUGGUGCAGCUCCUCCAGGUGCUUCGUAGCUCCAAAGGGUGCCCUCUGGAGCUGGUGGAGUACGUGGCCUCUGCCAGAGUGCCACGCUUGCGGCUGCGAUGUGGCCAAGUCGAGCUGGAUGUGGUGGAAGGAGGUCGGGAUCCAGAAGCAUUGGCCAAGGAUCAAUUCAUCCGAAGGUGGCUGGAGGACGAGUCCGUGAAAGGCCUCGCCAUGAAGAUCAAAGACUUCACGCGGAGGAAUGAGAAGGAACUCCCUCGUGAGGAAGGCUUUCCGAAUUUCUUCCUGUUCCUCCUCACUGGGCUUUACUUCGUCCAGCGAAAGAAGGAAGCGCUCUCGAGCGAAUCGUCCACGAAGCGGUCGGCAGAGGAGCUUUUUCGAGGCUGGCUGACAUGGCUCGCAGACGCCACGCCCAAAGAGGUCGACCUGCGAGAUGGGACCGCGGCCUUGGCGGCCAUCGAACGAGCGGAAAGCGCCUUGCGGAUCGUGGAGCCCGUCUCGGGCAGGACGGUCUGUUCUCUCAGCGCGCCCAACGCGCAGCAUCUCGCUGCACUGGCCACGCUGCUCCGGGACACCUUGGGAGUCCGGAGCGGAGCGGGGAGCGACCAUGGGGAGCACCCGAACAGCUUGGAAGAGACGCGCAAGGGAUGGACCAUGGAGUCAGAUGGCAAUGAGCUCUCUCGGCGGGAACUGGAGCGCCAGUUGCAAGAGCUCCGCAGAGACAAGGUGAAGAUCGAUGACAACAUCCGGCGCAUGGAGGCGACCCAGAAGCGCAUCUUUGGUAGUGAAGAAGAGCGGUCGAAAUUGAUGGCCCUUCAUAGUCAGGACAAAGAUGAAGCCAAAGAUGAGAAGGAGGAGGAUGGUGAAAAAGAUGAGAAGAAGGAUGAGAAAGAGGAGAAGGAGAAGGACAAGGAAGAUGGCGAGGAGAAGGAGCAAGGAGAGGGUGAAAGCCGGAAGCGGAAGAGGGACGAAGAGCUGGAAAAGCGAAAGAAAGAAGGUCGGCCCACAAAGACUGACCCACGAAGUCGAAAUCUCUUCGGGAAGCUUCUGGGUCACCUGCACUCUGCCAAAGACAGGCUGCAGAAAGAAAAGACCAGUAAGAUGGGGCAGCUGCAGUCGAAGGCUUUAAGCAGAGUAGAGGAGAAGGUGAAUCUGAGCAGAAUGAACAUCAAGGAGUUUAGAAAAGGAGAGUUUGAUAAACAGUUGCAAGAGGAGCAUGCAAAGGUCUCUGAAAUCGAGAAACAAAUCGAGCAAAAGGAAGUCCUUUUGCUGCAGAGGCGCUUAGAGAACCACUACUCGCUGAUGAUGAACUUCAUCCGCACUGAGGUUCAACCUCCGAUCUUCUUCCUGCCGGCGAAGCAUACGCGCGACACGGAGAAGCAGUUAGAAGCCACCCGCAAGGGUAUUAAGAGCAAGAUUUCUGCCCUCAAGAUGCAGUUGAAGUACGUCGAGGCGGCGGCUGCGGCCGAGACCAAUGGCGACACCAAAGGCGAGGCCGAAGGCACGGAAGGUCCUAAGGACGACGAGCCCGAGCCGCAGGCAAGCAAGGAAGCAGACGCCGGCGAAGGGGCGUGGCUUCGGGCACGGGCGGCGGCCGUUCGUGAGGGCGUGAGGGCGCCAGGCCUAUCACUGUCGCUGUUGGAGAGGCUGCAGCAAUUGCGUUGGGGUGGAGGAAUCAUGGGCAUCAAGUCUCAGCAUGUCACCCAGCGCAGAGAGAGGGCUAUCCAGGCAGAGAAGGCAAAGAAGCUCGGCUUGUCCAAUGGCAAUGACCUCUCUCGACGAGAGCUGGAAAGACAGAUCCAGGAGCUUCGCCGCGACAAGGUGAAGUUGGAUGACAACAUCCGGAGAAUGGAGGCCACACAGAAGCGUAUUUUUGGUGAAGAAGAACGAGCCAAGUUGAUGGCCCUUCACAGUCAGGAAAAGAAGGAGAAUGGAGAGGAGGACAAGGAGGAUGGUGAGAAGGAUGGGAAGGAAGAGAAGGAGGAGAAAAAGGAGGAACAGAGUGAAGAGAGCAAAAAGAGAAAAAGAGAUGAGGACUUGGAAAAGCGAAAGAAAGAAGGUCGGCCCACGAAGACGGACCCCCGAAGUCGAAACCUCUUCGGGAAGCUUCUGGGUCACCUGCACUCUGCAAAAGACAGGCUGCAGAAAGAAAAGACCAGUAAGAUGGGGCAGCUGCAGUCGAAGGCUUUAAGCAGAGUAGAGGAGAAGGUGAAUCUGAGCAGAAUGAACAUCAAGGAGUUCAGAAAAGGAGAGUUUGAAAAGCAGCUCGUAGAGGAACAGGCCAAGGUGGCUGAGAUUGAAAAGCAACUGGAAGAGAAGGAGGUCCUUCUCCUACAGCGGCGGUUAGAGACACCUGGCACGAUGAAACGCUUUGACCACCGCUAG